UUACUACCGACACCACUCUGAUCGCAUCUACUCGUAACUUCACCAGUUGAAUCGAUAUAUCAUAGAUAAGUGAAAAGAUAACGAUUAUCAUCGUAAGAAGAGCGUUUAUUGCAAGCUUUUUAACGAAAUAUAACACAGUUUUUUAUUCAGUACGAAUAAUAGAAAUGAACGACCAAAUUUUCAAAUUUCUAUUAUUUUUUGCGAGUUUCCAAUUACUUUUGGGCUUAGAACAGGACACAUUGGGAUACGGAAAUGUGAAGAUCGGUGAGAAAUGUGAGAGAGAUCGUAAUUGCAUUCCAAAUUCGUAUUGCCGUGCGCAAAAGACAUGCCUGUGCGAACAAUAUUUUUCCCCAACUUUAGACAACUCGAUGUGCAUCGCUAGUGCCGGAUUGAAUUGUGCAAAUGAUUUUGAAUGUAAUACGAUGGCAAAUGCAGCGUGUAGACAAGGAGUAUGUGCAUGCAAAGAUUCGUAUAUCUUAGAUAUAAAUAAUUCUUCAAAUUGUGUCAUUAAGCCAUUGAUGGUAGGUGAUCGCUGUCAAAGGACUGAUGAAUGUCAAGAUAUGUUUGGUCGUGCCAUGUGCAUUAAUGAACGUUGCGAGUGCAUUUCAUCAUACCAUUUUGUGAAUGAAACUGGGAAAUGCAUUCAAACACGAUAUUUAUAUCAUACAUGUUCGAACGAUUACGAAUGUAAAGGAUAUGAUACUUUUAGUAUUCUUGAAUGUAAAAAAAAUGAAUGCGUUUGCAAAGAAGGGACUUGUAGCAAAGGUUCUAUCGUUACUGUUUUUGGAAUUCUUGUAAUACCUAUACUACUUUUAAUAUAAAUUUCCAAAUAAAUUUUAUUUUUUUUAAUAAACUUUAUUAAUUUUUUAAUAAAAAUUUUUCGGUUUAGCAAAUCAUUGCAUAUUCUUUUUAAUAUUAACAAUUAUAUGCGAAGUUUAAAAUUAAAAGUAUUGUAUUGAAAUAAACAAUUUUUAUUUCUAUAGAAAAAA